AACGACAGCGAUACUUCUCCCCGCAUGGAUAUCAGAAAGUGGGGGAGUCCCUGUAGGUGGCGCUCUAUACAUCUACUUUUCCUUGCCUUUUGCCUACUCAGGUUGGAAUAUGCAACAGCCUCGGAGAGCGGUUACGCUUCCCAAAUGGAAAACCAGGAAUCCAAUGAAGAAGAUACAUCUCGAAACAAGCUAGACUCUUUAAAUUCGCUCCUGCCAUUCGAUUUAGAACAAGACUCGGAAUAUAAAAGAGGUAGUUCGUUUUUUCCACUGAGAGGCAAAAAGUUAUCGCUCGAUGAAGCUAUUGCUGCUCACCAACAGCUGAUGUCUGACCAAGAAGAUAAACGAAGUCAAUUUUUUCCUCUAAGAGGGAAGAAGAUUCCUUUCGAAUUAAAGAGAGCGAGCUAUUUCAUGCCAAUGAGGGGCAGAAAAGAUGAAGGCUGGAUGCCAGACGAUAUUCCGGAAGACAAGAGGGCAUCCUCUUUUAUGCCCAUGCGAGGUAAAAAGAGCAGUGGUGACUCAACUUACCAACAUCUCGGAAAAUCUGGUAUGUAUUCCAGUGACGUAACUGAAGUUCUAUAUCCCUCUAGCAGUUACAACAACCAGAUACCAGGUAAAAGAGCUUCCUCAUUUUUGCCAGUAAGAGGAAGGAGAUCUGAAAAGGAUCCUCCAGAACCUCUUCAAAAUGAUGACAUAUAUCCCGUCGGCAAAGAAGGAAACGUAACUUCUCAACAAGAUGCGCCAAAAGAUCAUGUAAUUCAGAAAAGAUCCGUAUCUUUUAUGCCAAUGAGAGGCAGAAGAAUAUUUUCCCCAGAAACCCCUAACUCUUUUGGUCCUGGAGAAAUCACUACAAGUUUACUUGACAAAAAGCAAUAUUCUUUCAUGCCUAUGAGAGGUCGCAAAUUCUUUCCUUCUGCAAUAAAUGACAGUUCCUUAGAUGGCCCAACACCUAUAUUUCCAGCAGACAAAAAGGCAGCUUCUUUUAUGCCAAUGAAAGGCAUACGCAUAUUUGAGCAAGAAGACGAACAGCCCAAUUCACUUCAGUCUGUUGCACACGAUGUGCCUGAACCAGUAUCAGACAAAGAAUAUGCAGACUACUCAGAUGAAAAACGAGCAUCGUCAUUCAUGCCCAUGAGGGGUCGCAGAAUCCCUUUGGACGAGGUUCCGAGUUCUGGUUUCAUGGAUUGGACUGAAAACAAUGAUGACUUGGAAGAAACAAAGAAAGCGUCGUCUUUUAUGCCAAUGCGUGGUCGUCGAGUUGAGGUUCAUCGAGAAAACAAGUCUUUUCCCAUUUCGGAUGGUAUAAUUUCUAAGCCAGAUAUUAAAAGAUUAUCCUUUAUGCCAAUGCGUGGACGUCGCAUCUCUGAAGAUCUGCUGGACAUUGACGACAAGCGAAGAUCUUCUUUCAUGCCCAUGAGAGGUCGCAGAAUCUCUCUGGAUGAGGUUCCGAGUUCUGGUUUCAUGGAGUGGACUGAAGACAAUGAUGAAUUGGAAGAAACAAAAAAGUCUUCUUCUUUUAUGCCCAUGCGCGGGCGUCGAGUUGAUGAUGAUCCAGAAAACGAGUCUUUUUCAAUUUCAGAUAGUAGAAGUUCUAAACCAGAUAUUAAAAGAUUAUCCUUUAUGCCAGUGCGUGGACGUCGCAUCUCUGAAGAUCUGCUGGACAUUGACGACAAGCGAAGAUCUUCUUUCAUGCCUAUGAGAGGACGUCGCCGGAAUUUCUCAGAUGUAAGUGAUUCUCAUAGCUAUUAUAAUCCUUAUCCGUAUUUCAUGGCCGGCAUUGGAUCGUCUUUUAUGUCAAGACCCUAUCGUAAUGGGCGGGUAACCGUCAGUUCCAUUCGAGAUCUUGCCGACAAGAAAAGAAGACUUAAAAUCAACUGGGACUCCGUAAAGAGAGCAUUCCAUGCCACUCGUGGCAAGAGGUUCAGUAAAGUGGAUGAUUUCGUAAAUAAGUUGAAGGAAAACUACAUUUAUGGAAGUCAAGAUUUCACAAAUGAAGAAACGGACAACAACCAAGACAAACAUUCCAGAAAGAAAAGAAAUGUCGUACAGCAUCGAGUAUCAUUACAGCCACAGGGACAGUAUAUAGGUAUCGUGUUUUUCGGAUGUCCAUACAUGUAAUGUUUAGGCAAUAAA